UGUACGAAAACGAAAACACGGCGGGGCAGCGCCGAUCCACACAUCCCGAGGAGCAAUUCAAUCUCUCCGGUCUUUCGUGGCUUUCCUUCUAACCCUGACGGCCUCCGUUCGUUGACUGGGGCUCUGGUCUCUCUCUUGGGUUGGAUUGGGUUGGAUUGUUAUUGGAGAUCGGGGCGGCGGCGAAUGGGAGCUCUGGAGGAGGCGCGGUUCGCGGGGGAGCUGGAGAACAGGGUGGGGCUGGAGGAGACGGAGGAGGAGGAGCUGGACGCCGAGGCCGGAUCGGGCUCGGUGCACGACGCGACGCAGGCCAUCGAGGAGGCCGUCAGGUUCCUGCUGCAAGGCCUCGGGGAGGACCCCGAGCGGGAGGGGCUCCGUAAGACGCCGCUCCGCGUCGCCAAGGCCUUCCGGGAGGGUACCAGAGGUUAUAGACAAAAGGUGAAGGACAUUGUUCAAGGUGCUCUGUUUCCAGAAGCUGGUUCGGACGAUGGGACAGGUUAUGCAGGAGGAGCUGGUGGCCUGGUGGUUGUUCGAGACAUCAACCUAUUCUCAUACUGCGAGUCUUGCCUGCUUCCAUUUAGUGUUCAGUGCCAUGUUGGUUAUGUCCCAUCAGGGCAGCUAGUUGUUGGCCUAAGCAAGCUUUCUAGGGUUGCAGAUGUCUUUGCCAAGAGGCUUCAAGACCCACAGAGUCUGGCGGAUGACAUUUGUUCAGCACUGCAGAACAGCAUCAACCCGGCCGGUGCAGCUGUUGCUCUUCACUGUUGGCACAUCCAGUUUCCAGAAGCUCUAAGGUGCAUUCCCAACCCAAAGCAUCCAUCCAAAUUGGACAUGCAAGGGUGGAUGCGGGUUUCAGUCUGUUCCAGGUCUGGAGUUUUUGAGGAUAAUAGCGACUCUUUCUGGAAUGACUUCUUAGAUCUUCUGAAGCUCAGAGGCAUGAACUUGGAAGGGUGCGGUAAAAACUGCUUUCCCAUUCAGUCUUGGUGCCCGUCGAGGUCUCUGGAGGUGCCCCUGUGCAAUGGGCAUAGCACAAAGAGUCCCAUUAAUGGUAAAAUGUCUUCCAAGCCAGGAGCUAUUCAUGCUGCUAUGGUUACUGCAGUAACCUCAAUCCUCCACUCUCUUGGUGAAGACCCAAUGAGAAAAGAACUUAUUGGCACCCCUUAUCGUUAUGUGCAGUGGCUAAUGAAUUUUAAGAGUUCUAACCUAGAAUUAAAGAUGAGCAGUUUCAAUCUUGGUAAAUUGAGUUUGCAUAAGAAGACAGCAGAUGCUGUUAAUAUCCAAAGCCAGAUCCAUUCUGUGUUGAAUUUGCCUUUCUGUUCUCAGUGUGAGCAUCAUCUACUGCCAUUCCAUGGCGUGGUGCACAUAGGUUACUUUGACGAGGAAGAAGGCAAACGUAUCGAGCGAUCCAUUUUGCAGUCGGUGGUUGAUUACUAUGGUUGCAAACUCCAAGUGCAAGAGAGGCUCACGAGGCAGAUAGCAGAGGCAGUUCAUGUUGUUUUCAGUAGGGGAGUAAUGGUGGUUGUGGAAGCCAGCCACAUUUGUAUGAUAUCAAGAGGGAUCGAGAAGGUGGGGAGCAGCACGGCGACAAUUGCUGUUAUGGGUCAGUUUUCAACUGAUCCUGCUGCCAAGGCAUUGUUUCUUCAGACUAUUUCAAACAGUACUGCAUCAGGGGGUUGACCUUGUUUUGUUGCAUCUUCAAGUUUUGAUCUGAUUAUAGUCAACAUUUGUUUCCUGUCCAAGUUUAAAUGGGGCAGGUACAGUUUGUGACUGGAGAAUUUCUCCAGCUGGCAUAAAUGUUCAUAAUUUUGAAUUUCCUCGAAUUUUUUGCUCAAUGCAACCUGAGAAGCAGCCAACAUCUGUCUCUCUAGGAGCAAUAGCAUGCAGCAAGGGAGAAACAGCACAAGGAUUGAUAUGCCAUGUUGUCAACAAAAUCUAUAAGAAUGAUGAAGACGUUUCAGCUUUUUUCUGUUGUAUUACUUUCAUAAAAUGUGAAUACAUUCUUAUCAAGUUGAUGAUUCCUUAAUACAGGGAAAAAAAAUAAAGAAGGGAAAGACUUGUUUCGUUAUAUUUAAGGUUCAUUCAAUAUACUUUUUGGAA